UUUACACAAAACCUUGUUUUGAGUCCUGACUCUACCGUACCCCAGUGAUGCAUCAAGCUUUACUUGUUCCCGAAGUCAUCCUAGAGAUAUUCGCCUAUGUGAACACAAUACCAUCUACUCAAACAUCGACCCAGAAAUUGUUUGCAGGGCUUGCAAGGACAUGCAAAAUCUUCUAUGAGCCUGCGAUGGAUUUGUUGUGGAUUGAAAUCCAUGGUCGUACAAAGUGGGGCAAACUUGAAGGCGUCGAGCCAUUAUCUGCCCAUGAGGUCCAUCAAUUUCUGCGUCACUCCUCACGUAUACGCUCAUUGGACAUACAAUCCGAAGAUCCGCAUCUUCUCUCUGUCAUCCCCCCUGAGGAAUGCAUAUUUCCGAAGCUGAAGUCAUUAAGUCUUUCCACUAUAUGUUUGAACCACUUUCUGCCUCACAUGCUGCACCGAUGUCAUCUAUUGAGCGUCGACAAGGGUCUUCAAUCUUUUGUGACACGUUGCAUUGCUCUGGAGUAUCUACGCAUCUACACUCCUGAAAUAUGCGAUGACGACAGCACAGCAGAUGAGCUGUCCCUGCUAUCUGAUAGGAUUCAUUGGUGCACGCAGCUUGUACAUCUUUCUUGUCCAAUGCUCGACUGGGCAACAUGGAAGCACCUCUCCUCCCUCCCUACUCUUCUCAAAUUGAGAAUUAAUCAAGGGUGUAAUGACCCUCCUUCGCUGUCAAAACGAGAUAUUGUGAAUCUAUCGUUCCUUAACAUCACAAGCCUUUCCUUUCAAGAGCUCUACGAUCCUAAAGACAUCUUUGAAGCCAAAUAUAUCUCUUCAGAAGAGGCCGAGCAACUCUUUCAUGUUCUGUGCCGCUGCAAAGCGUGUCUGACUCUAGAAGAAAUAUAUAUUUGUUCUCUUGCUGAGGGAUUCCUCGUACCCCUAGAGAGCGAGCAUUUGACACCAAUUCCGCAUUUCCUUUGCUUCACGCAGCUCCGAACCCUGAAGCUCACAUUUUAUAAUUACCGCAUCUACCUGGACAAUGACAUGCUCUUGCAAGCUAUGUCUAGUUGGCCGCACAUCCGCACUCUGGAAAUAGAAGACUCUGACUCUUCUUCCGAAGUCACCCUCCGUGGAUUAUUCACAGCGCUUGUUCCAUGUCCACGAUUGCUUAGACUACGAGUUCCAAUCAAUCUUGCAACUAUCGACAUCGAUCCUGAUGUCGAGCCAAUACAACAUCCCUCCCUACGAUCAUUGGAUUGGGAGUCAUCCGAAUUUCAAACAGCAGAUGCUGAAACUAUUGCUCGCAUUAUUUCCGCCUGGCUCCCUCGUGUCAAACAAGUUCAAAACAUACAUGGUUCGAGUUGGGUUGAAGUCAACAAGUAUCUUAGAUCUUUGAGAACGGCUACUGCGCCAUAUGUAGUGGGAGCUUCCUAG